UUCGGAGGGGGCGCGGCGGCGCGAGGGCAGGGAGCGAAGGGACGAGGCGCUGCGGCUGCCGCACAAAAUGGCGGAGGGCGAUAACAGGAGCACCAACCUGCUGGCUGCAGAGACAGCUGGCUUGGAAGAGCAGUUGCAAGGAUGGGGUGAAGUGAUUCUGGUGACUGACAAGAUCCUUCGUUGGGAAAAGUCAUGGUUUCCACCUGCCAUGCUUUCUGCCGUGUCUGUUAUCUUUCUGUUGAUCUACUAUUUGGACCCCUCUGUUCUUUCAGGUGUUUCCUGCUUUGUCAUGUUGCUUUGUCUGGCUGACUACCUUGUACCUGCUCUUGCUCCUCGAAUUUUUGGCUCCAGUAAAUGGACAACUGAACAACAGCAACGCUUCCAUGAAAUCUGCAGCAAUCUGGUAAAAACACGGCGCAGGAUCGUUGGUUGGUGGAAACGCCUUUUCACAUUUAAGGAAGAAAAGCCUAAAAUGUACUUCACAACAAUGCUGUGUUUGUUAGCUAUGAUCGCUUGGAUAGGACAGCAAGUUCAUAACCUCUUCCUCACUUAUCUUAUUGUGAGCUUCUUGUUGUUGUUCCCUGGAUUAAACAAACACGGAGUAAUUUCUAAAUAUGCUGGAAUGGCAAAAAGGGAGGUCAACAAACUCCUCAAGCAGAAAGAGAAGAAAAAUGAAUGAAGUGUUGCUUGCUAUGUCACCCAAAUAUAUAAUUGUGUUCUGGGAACAAUUCAAAUGACUUGCUGCGUAUUUAAUAGUAUAGAAGUGCUUAUACCGGCCAUUGCCUUUUAACUUUAAAUGUGGGGCCCUUUUCUGCUGUACAAAUACCAACCAUACGGUCCUGCAACCACACAUUAAUACAGCGUGUUAACACAGACAGUCGUUCUUCUAGUAAGUGUGAUUAGCAAUCUCAUAGUCUGAUAAGGCUGUUGAUCCAUAAUUAUUGGUGGUGGUAAGCUGAUUAUAAUUGUGUGGAGCUAUCCUGUGUUAAUAUUUUUGGUGUAAAAGAUAUCAGCUUAACUGCUGUAUUCCUUCUAAGUGUUUCAAGGACACACACUGGACUGACUAGAUUUAUUUGGUGAUAUCCUCCAGAGUAAAUGAAUACAAUUCAUAUUAAAUUGUGGAUUACAGUGAUUUGAAUAAGCAAGGCUGCUGAAUUGUGCAUCCAAGUUGCCCCUGUGUUUAUAAUAAAAUGUAUUGCACUGGAAUUAUACAGGAAACAGGUUUAGGAAGUGAAAUCAGCUUUUUGUUCAAUUUAAAUUGCUGUAAUUUUGAUGUCAUGUGUUCUGAUGUUUUUAACAAAUAUGGUCUAAAAAUACAAAAAUGUGUUGAAAAUACGUGAUGCAUCCAUCUUGUUAACAUGUUUAUCGCUGAGUUUCCUUAUUGCUAUUUUUCUUAUAUUUUAAAUUAAAAUAGCUAUAUCUUAUUUGUCUCCAAUAUGGUUUCAAAGACAAAUUUCAGUCAUAAUUUGAAAUGAAUGAACAGUGUUAUUCCCGGUUUGAAAUCAGUCUUGAGGAACCUGGCCAAAUCGGUAAGAAGUAUUCCCCACUGUGCUUUAAGCACUACAUUAUUUCGAUACUCUUUUCUGUGGCCAAGUUUGCUUUUGCAAGGGACACCAACGUGCUUGACUUGGAAGUGUGGGAUGAAAAAGAGGCACAAUGCAAUUAGCAUAGAAAUUCCAUUUAUUGCCUAUAUAUUGGCACUGCAGAUAUUUGGCUGAGAGAGGAAUUCAUUCAGUUGUAAAACUUAAAAUUCCUGGGAUCUCUUUAGUGCUACACAGAGCUUCAGAUAACUAAUUUGAAUAUGAUACCAAACUCAUGGUAUUAUGUGGUGUUAGAUUUCAUUUAUUUUUGGAUAAAUUGAACUUGGUCAAGAUACUGCUUCUCCAAACCAACUGAAACUUCUUGUUUGAAUAUGCCACAUUGGCUCAUGUUGUAGGAAUGACUUUCACCUUUAUUAAUGCCAUCUUUACUUAUAUAUUGAUUAGAUUUUUAGAUACUGCACAAGAUUCCUAUAGUAGGAAAGGCUGUAUCUUUGUCAAGUGAAUAAUACUUUGAGAUUAGAAGCCUGUCAGAGUGAUUUAUUUCUCUAGUAUUUGUGCCCUUUCAUUGUAGUAAGAACAUGCGGUAGGAGAAGCAAAAGACAAAAAGUGUUUUGAUAAACUGAUUUGAGUAAGUCAUUUUUAGUUUUUUUUUUAAAGCAUACACUCUAUAUUUACUGUCACUCCCUUUCUCUUUUUUUAUAAUUUUUUUCUAGAGGAGAACCAACAUUAUUUAGAUUGGAUUGUAAUGCAGUGUUUUAAAUGAGUGAAACAAUAUUGUAAGAUGGAAGAAGCUCGCAUUGUGUAAAAAUAGGACAGAUACACGUGGGCUGGGAGUCAGGAUAAUUUUUGCGUACUGUCCAUUUUUUGUCCGUUUGAUUGUAUUAAAUGUGUAAUAUAGAUGGAUGUUAAUGUAUACUUAGGAAACUGAAAAUUGAAUAAAAAUGUUAAUAGAAGAAAAA